UAUUGCCUUUUGCUACUGUUUCUGCAGCUGCUUUCGAUUUUUUUUGAGCCUUUGGGCGAAAAUUUUAAAGCGGAAAGGAAAGGAAAGGAAGUGGUCUUGUGCAGACCGCCAUUGAUCAAUGUGUGAGUGCAAGAGGGAGGUGAGUAUGCAGGUUUGAGAAGGAAGUUGAGAGUGGCAGGCGAUCGAUGAGGGGGAAAUACAGGGGGAGGAGGAGAAGAAGCGGGGGGAUUUAUGAAGGUUUCAAUGAGGAAAUCGCUGCUUGAGCUGCCCUCGGAUCGAGUGUCGUGGAGUUGUUCAGCUGUGAAGAUUACGUGAAGGUGUUCGAGUUAGAGGCUGGGCUGAAGUCUGUGGAUGCUGUUUGCGUUGUUCUUUUGUUGGAGCUGGCUGUGGAUGUGAAAAGGUGCAAGAAUUGAGGGUUUGAGAGGGUGGAAGUGCGAAAGAGUGAGGAGUCUAUGAGGAGUAAGUUAGGGACGAGAAAUAAGUUCAGGAAAGGAGGCGCUGGGGGUGGAUUGUUGUAGGUGUGCUUUGUAACUGUGGGGACUGUGGUUGAGUAUGUUUGUUUUGGGGAGUAGGAGUCUCGAAGGAGGGAUCUGGAUGGACGAGCGUGAUUUGGUUAAGCUGUAGCGGAAAUUUUCCGUAAUGCGCUGUUUGAAAUCUUGAGAAAGGCCUCUCUGCUUUUCCAGGAGGUCGUGGGUUGGAAACUUGGAAGAAAAGAAAGGGACGAGUGAGCAGGGACCUUGCAUUGUGGAAGCACAGACGUUCUGUCAGGAUUUUGCUUUGCGGUGGUCAAUCUGGACGCGAAAGCUCUGCGGCUUCUGGUGUUAUCGUGAUAGCUGGGAGUUUGGCCUUUUCGGGUGCAGAGAUGUACGAAUUUGAAGGAUUGGCCAUGAAACACUGUUAAAUCUAGUCUAUUUCGGGCUGCGGGGAGGCAUUAUUGAAAAUCUGAAAGCAGGCUUUUCUGUUUGUGUAUAUUUAAUUUAGGCGAGAUGAGGCUUUCGUCUCCUGGUUUCGGUCAGCAGGCCCAGGAAGGAGAAAGGCGUUGUCUUAACUCAGAGCUUUGGCAUGCCUGUGCUGGACCACUGGUGUCCUUACCUGCUGUUGGGAGCAGGGUCGUCUAUUUUCCACAGGGCCACAGUGAGCAGGUGGCUGCCUCAACAAACAAGGAGGUUGAUGCUCACAUACCGAAUUAUCCAAAUCUUCCACCUCAGUUAAUCUGUCAGCUUCACAAUGUCACUAUGCAUGCAGAUGUGGAGACAGACGAAGUAUAUGCUCAAAUGACAUUGCAACCAUUGAGUGCUCAAGAGCAAAAAGACACUUAUCUCUCAUCUGACCUGGGUACACCAAGCAAACAACCAACUAAUUACUUCUGCAAAACUUUAACUGCAAGUGACACUAGUACCCAUGGUGGUUUCUCUGUCCCACGCCGAGCAGCAGAAAAGGUUUUUCCUCCCCUGGAUUUUAAUCAGCAGCCACCUGCUCAGGAACUUAUUGCCAGAGAUCUUCAUGAUAAUGAGUGGAAGUUUCGGCAUAUCUUUCGGGGACAACCUAAAAGGCAUCUGCUAACGACAGGCUGGAGUGUUUUUGUCAGUGCAAAGAGACUUGUCGCUGGAGAUUCUGUCCUCUUUAUUUGGAAUGAGAAAGGACAAUUAUUGUUGGGAAUCAGACGGGCAAACAGACCACAGACUGUUAUGCCCUCAUCGGUGCUUUCAAGUGAUAGCAUGCAUAUAGGACUUCUUGCUGCAGCUGCUCAUGCUGCUGCUACAAAUAGUCGAUUUACUAUUUUCUAUAAUCCAAGGGCAAGCCCAUCUGAAUUUGUUAUUCCACUGGCCAAGUAUGCUAAAGCAGUUUAUCAUACCCGUGUUUCUAUUGGGAUGCGUUUUAGGAUGUUAUUCGAGACAGAAGAGUCGAGUGUUCGUCGAUACAUGGGCACUAUAACUGGCAUGGGUGACUUGGAUCCGGUCCGCUGGCCACAUUCACAGUGGCGUUCUGUAAAGGUUGGUUGGGAUGAGUCAACGGCAGGUGAAAGGCAACCACGUGUAUCUCUGUGGGAGAUUGAACCUCUAGCCACCUUUCCAAUGUAUCCAUCGCCUUACCCUCUAAGAUUAAAACGCCCUUGGCCACAGGGAAUCACUUCACUUCAUGGUAUCAAGGAAGAUGAUGGUAUGAAUACACCUUUUAUGUGGAUGCGAGGAGAUAAUGGAGAGCGCACUCUUCAGGCAUUAAAUUUCCCAGGAAUGAGUAUGAAUCCUUGGAUGCAACAGAGAUUUGAUUCUUCUGUACUGGGGGUGCAAUCAGAUGUUUACCAGGCAAUGGCUGCGGCAGCUCUACAGGAAAUGAGGACUGUUGAUCCCUCAAAGCAGCUGUUGCAGUUUCAGCAGCAGCAACAGCCAUCUCAGCAGUUUCAGUGUAGAACGAGUCCCCAAAUACCAAGGCAGGUUUUUCAACAUCAACAGCCACCACAACAGCAUAUCCUUCAGCAGCAGGCUCAGAAUUUACAAGAUCAGUUGCCUCAAAGUCAUCUUCUGCAGCAGCAGUUACAGCAAAGUUCAUCUCCACAUCAAAUUUUGCAGCACAAGAUGCAGCAUUCUUUUAGUGAUCAGCAGCAAUCUUUGUCUGAGCAACAACAGUGCCAGCAGUCUUUUCAAAUUCCAAAUGUCGGUGGUGCUUUAUCACAGCUUCCUUCAUCUCAAACUCAGCCACCGCUAAGUUUGCCAUCAUCCAUGUGUUCACCACCAGUAUUUACAGAUGCUAAUGGAAAUUUCUCUUCAGCUGUUACAACUUCAAGUAUGUCUCCACUUCAAAAUAUAUUGAGCUCUUUGACUGCAGAAGAAAGUUCUCAUUAUUUGAAUUUGCCCAGAACCACCCAGACCCAGCCCGUAGUGCAGCAACCUGCCAGAACCCUAACGCCUGGUAUUUCUAGAGAAUGUCAGCUUUCUUCUGGUUCAUGGGUUCAAAAGCGGUUAUCAAAUAAUUUGGCAUCCUGCCUUUCAGGUGGACAAGUUGAAGCCCCUCUUCCAUCUGGAGGUCAAUGUAUUGUAGCCCAAAGUGAAUCCUUAGGCCAGUCGCAUAUUCCCGCACCUUCUAUGUCAUUACCUCAUUUCCCAUCAAGAGACUGCACUUCAGAGCAGGAUGGACUUCAUCCUGAUUCUCAGAGUCAUCUUUUGUUUGGCGUUAACAUAGACUCACCAUCUUUGAUUGUUCCAAGCACAUUGUCAAACUUGAGGACUGAUGUGACAGUGCCAUUUAAUGUUUCUAAUUUCUUCAAUCCACCUACUUGUGCAUCUGGUUCAGAUUUUCCACUGAAUUCAAACAUAGGUGUCUCGGCAUGUUUGGAUGAAAGUGGACUUUUGUCUUCUGCAGAGGAUUUGGGACAGAUGAAUCCACCUACAAGAACCUUCAUAAAGGUAUACAAGCAAGGGUCAGUUGGGAGAUCUUUGGAUGUCACACGUUUCAGCAGUUAUCCAGAACUGCGAAGUGAACUUGCCCGCAUGUUUGGCCUAGAAGGCCAGCUUGAGGACCCUUUAAGAUCAGGCUGGCAGCUUGUGUUUGUCGAUAAGGAGAAUGAUGCACUUCUCCUUGGAGAUGAUCCUUGGGAGGAGUUCGUAAACAAUGUUUGGUUCAUUAAAAUACUCACACCUUCAGAAGUACAGAAGAUGAGUCAGGAAGGGUUGGAGCUUUUGAGCUCAAUUCCAACCCAACGCCAGACAAGCAGUGGUUCUGAGGAGUAUGUAACCAGACAGGACUCUCGCAAUCUGGGUUCUGCGAUCACGUCAACUGGAUCUCUGGAUUACUGAGUACGAUGAAAUCUUUCUGUAAUAUAAUACAGGAUUUCAUUUUGUGCCUUUAGGCAAGGACUAUUACAACAUAAGCACAUAUUAUGUUAUUGCAUGCUCUGGAUUUCUAGAGUAUGGGUAUUGAUUACUGUAUUAUAAAGUCCUUUUCUAAAUGUCCUGAAGGGGAUGCUAGUGUGUUCGUUAAUUGAAAUAGCUUUGUGCGCAUAAACAACUUACAUGCGUUCCCCAAUGGCUUUGUCCAGAUUGUACCCAAUUUUCAUAGCAGGACAACAAAAUUUGUGUUAUAUAUCCCCAUUGCUCUGCUAUAGAAAGGGUGUAGGUGAUAGCUUUAUUUUGUGCGGUUUGGAUCCUAGACGGUAAACUUAUAUUUUUGUUUCAGAUCAGGAUUGUCCUGUAUUUUCAAUCCAACUUAUUUCAGUCUA